AUGCCUGUGCGAUGGAACACAACAUACGCUGAGAUCGAGCGAGCAUUACUGCUCCGACCGGCUAUCAAUGCAUGGAUUGAACAGAUGGAGAAGGGCCUCACAGGCCAGAAGAAAGCGGCUGCUACCCGUAAGAAAAAACGGUUAUAUCUCUCCCCGCAAGACUGGGAGCAUCUUAUCGCCGUCCGGGACACACUAUCAGUGCUCAACGAGGUGACCCAUCUCCUCUCGAAGGGCGGUGUCCCGACGAUCCCGAUGACACUGCCGUUGUACAAGCAUAUCGAGACGAAGCUCAAGUCCUACAAGCAGAAGUUCCGCCGCCCCGAAGAGGCGCGGCUUCGUAUGGGCUGUGAGAAGGCGCUCGAGAAGCUCGAGACAUACACGGACAUCGCCUUGCAGUCCAAGUAUGUCCUGAUCGGUGCCGUUCUUCACCCGCUUACACGGAUCAAAUACUUCGAAAACCGCGACCUAUGGGACCCGAUUGUCCCGGUGCGUGCGCGUCGGCUGCUCGAGGAGCUCUUCAAGGAAUAUACAGAGAAGGCCGCCACAGAGUCGGCGCACUCUAAGCAUCCCAAGCCAACGCCUGACGAGCAGUAUCAGUCGGCGUUUGGGGCCUCAGUAGCAGCGGGGCGCGGGGAUAUGGCCGGGGACAGUGGCGAUCCCGCCCUCGAGUCUUUGUCCGAGCUCGACGCCUAUUUCCGAGACACAUACCCUUGCAAAAAGGAGCACGGCGCUCUCGAGUGGUGGAAGGUC